CACCCGCCCAGCGCUCGCACGCGCUGCCAGAGGUCCGCUGCGCUCUCCAGCUGUUCUGCUGCGGGUCGCGAGGCUGCUCGGCCCUGCCGCUGUUUCGGGGAGGAGGGUUCUAUUCCCGGGCUACCUGUACCCGUUCUCCGUUCGGCUCGGCGCGUCCUGGAUCUCCGCGGCUGAAUGCGAGCACGCGCGUCGGCCACUUUCCGGGGACUUUCCCCCUGAAGACACUUCAGCGUGAAGAGCUGCGCUCCUCCCGUGCGCGGGGUUGGGUGUUUUCGGUUUUUUUAGUGUAUUUAAUUUUUAUUUCCCGGGGAGCCUGAUGCGCGCGGUGGCACGGAUCGCUUUGGGAUUCCUCCGCCUGACAUUCUGCGCUCGUCCCGAGGUAAUUUGAUGAGCGGAGAGGAACGCGGAGGAUGAGGCUUGCGCGUGCCGCCCGCCGGUCUCGGACGAUUCUGCGCUGGUGAGAAAGCUCUCUCCCCGGAACGACCACAGGCUGAACACUGCAUCCUCCACUCAAGACGGCCAGCGAAGAUGGGAGCUACGUGUUUAACGUGUAUUUCGUCCGCCUGGCGUCCAGUCUGAUCAACAUCAUCAGCGAUGUAGUCAGCCUCUUCCUCUGCGUCCUCAUCAUCUGCAGCAAAUACUCGCAUCUGCUCAAACGGGAGACCAUGAAGAUGAUCCUGCUGCGCAAAUUCCGGGUCCUGCUCCUCAUGGUGUUCCUCAUCGCCUGCUCCAUGCACAUCAUGAUCGACCUGCUGCCCAAGCUGGAGCGGCACGGCGGCGGCGGCGGCGGCGGCUGCUCCUGCUCGCACGCGCCCAGCGAGGAGCCCCGGAGCUGGGGGGCGAAGCAGCAGGGCUGGCCCAACAAGCACACGCUGCGGAUCCUGCAGGACUUCAGCAGCGAGCCGGGCUCCAACGGGUCCUCCCACUCCCUGGAGAAGCUGCCGGCCGCGCCGGGCGACGGGGCGCAGGCGGCGCGCGGGCUGGAGCCGCAGAGGAGGCGGCAGUUCAUCCAGGACGCGGCCGUCACCAAGCACGCGCCGGCCCGGGGUUCCCGGCUGUCCGCCCUCUUCGACCACCCUCUGUACAGGAGGUCGCUGCCGCCGCUGACGGACGAGGACACGCUGUUCAACGUCAACACGGACAUCAGAUUUGACCCCAAAGCCGCAGAGGACCAAGCAUGGAACGGGGACAGCAACGCAGACGAGUUCAGCCCCGCGGGGGAGCUGACGGCCGACUCCUACCCCAACUGGCUCCGCUUCCACAUCGGGAUUAAUCGAUACGAGCUGUACUCCAGGCACAACCCGGUGACCGACGCCCUGCUCAAGGACCUGGUCGUCCAGAGGAUCACCAGCGUGGCCAUGAAGUCUGGAGGAACGCAGCUGAAGCUCAUCAUGACCUUCCAGAACUACGGACAGGCCCUGUUCAAACCCAUGAAGCAGACCCGGGAGCAGGAAACCCCGCCAGACUUCUUCUACUUCUCCGACUUCGAGAGACACAACGCCGAGAUCGCCGCCUUUCAUCUGGACAGGAUCCUGGACUUCCGCCGCGUCCCCCCGGUGGCCGGCAGGCUGGUCAACAUGACCAAGGAGAUCCGAGACAUGACGCGAGACAAGAAGCUGUGGAGGACCUUCUUCAUCUCACCAGCCAAUAACGUGUGUUUCUACGGAGAGUGUUCGUACUACUGCUCCACCGAGCACGCUCUCUGCGGCAAGCCGGACCAGAUCGAAGGGUCCCUGGCCGCCUUCCUCCCAGACCUGGCCCUGGCCAAGCGCAAGACCUGGAGGAACCCCUGGAGACGCUCCUACCACAAACGCAAGAAGGCAGAGUGGGAGGUGGAUCCAGAUUACUGCGAGGAGGUCAAACAGACUCCGCCCUACGACAGCGGCACGCGGCUGCUGGACAUCAUGGACAUGACCAUCUUCGACUUCCUCAUGGGAAACAUGGAUCGGCACCACUAUGAGACAUUCGAAAAGUUUGGCAACGAAACCUUCGUCAUCCACCUGGACAAUGGCCGAGGGUUUGGAAAACACUCCCAUGAUGAGCUGUCCAUCCUGGUGCCGCUGAUCCAGUGCUGCAGGGUGAAGAAGUCGACCCACUUGCGUCUGCAGCUGCUGGCGAAGGAGGAGUACAAGCUGUCCACGAUGAUGGCCGAGUCCCUGGUGAGGGACCGCCUGGCCCCCAUCCUCAUCCAGCCGCACCUGGACGCUUUGGACCGCCGGCUGCGACAGGUGCUGAAGGUGGUGUCCGACUGCGUCGAGAAGGAGGGCUACAGCUACGUGGUGGAGGACGACCUGGAGGACCACCGGGGGACAGACCCCGCCCACAGCGGCCCCCGGCGGAGAUGAGCUCCGUCUGUGCUGGAUCUCUCAGAGGGCUUGAUUUUCCUGCCGGACUCGCCGGGAAGCCCGCCUGCCCGGGUUUGGAGGGGCUGCGUGGGAGCAGACGCCCGCUGGGUGGGACGGGACUUCCUCCUCUGGAGCCGAUCUCAGAGAGCUGUGGACAGAACCGCACACCGCCUGGCCUCCUUAAGACCCCCGACCCCCCGACUGUAGCGUAGGAUCAUCCCCCCGACACCCGGCGAGCCGAACGCGGGACGCGGGAGACGCCUUCUCUCCGUCUGUUCAGGAGCCUGGUUUUGAAUUCAGUGAAUUCUGAGGGACUCUUAGAGGACCCCCGCCCCCCUUCGCAGGCUGGAUUAUGUGUUUCUACUUGUAGUUGGCAGGUGUUUGGGUCCCACUUCUUGUUGUCUUCACUGUCAAGCUGUUCUUCUGAUUUGCUGCCAAAGCAUUUUCUUGCAGGGUGUCUUUUUCUCUUCACGUUGUCCUUCCAGAGGGAAAUAUUUGAUUGGAGUGCAGGUUUACUCCGGGAAUUGUCCAUGAAUUUUGCCCAUUUAAAUGUUACAUGUCCUUGAGAGAGAGUAUUUAUUUUAAAA